UUUAGUUGAUAAAACCCCAAACAGCCGGUACUGUUUCCCAUGGAAACGAAAUCUGUGCCGAAACCUACCAAGGCUAGAUCGUCACAGUAACAUGAACAUGCAAUGUCAGCUGUAAAAUUCAAGUAGUGAAUACAUUAAAAUAUCAACAUAUAACCUUAGAAUUACGGACCCUGCAAUGUGCACGAAAAUGAAUCCUGAUCGUUUCAACCCUACCCUCUCAGUUGAUGAGUACCUUGCUGAGAGCAACGUGCUUUUCUACCUGAACGAUGCUGUGACCCAGCUUCUGGAACACAAGGAGGAAUACACCCAGUUUGGCAUCGUCCGUUACUUUGCAGAAUACUUUAGCAGUGUGAAGAACGGCAACCAUGUACUGUUCAGAGAGUUCGGCUACAUCAAGGCCACAGCUCAUAACAGGGCCUCCUUCAUCCGCGUCCUCUGGAGGUGCUUCCGACAGAUCGGGAAGAAUGGAGACCUCCUGGCCAUGUUGGAGUACAGCUCACUUCUGCAGCUUCUCUGUCCAGACUUCCCAGUGGAGAUGGUACAACAUGCAGCAAGGAUAGUGCUAAUGGAUGAUGCCAUGGACUGCCUCAUGUCCUUCUCGGAUUUCCUCUUCUCUUUCCAAAUCCAGUUCUACUUCGAAGAGUUCCUGGAGAGUAUUGCUGUGAUCUACCAGGACCUGCUGUCAGGGAAAAGCCCCAACACUGUGAUCGUCCCAACCUCUACCUCAGUGGAACAGCUCCCCCAGGUGGCCACAGAGGAAACUGAGGCCCAGGAAGGAGUGGACUCCUCUGUCUUUGGAGAGUGCAUCGAGGUGCUUUGUGAAAGGUUCAAACACAACCAUCCUUCUACAUCUGCCAUUAGAGAGGUUCUGGAGCUAACACAGAGAGUGACAUUCUAUGGCUUUGUGAUGACUCUGGUCAGACAUGAGGGCGUCAACCAGGACAUUGGUGCCCUACCAAACAAGUCAGAGCUUCUCAUUGACCCUGAGAUGGACCAGGAAGUGGAGAAACUCAUUGCCCAGAUCGCUAUCAGUCCUACGUCCAACAGCAGCAGCAGUGUACCAGGACACAAGGAGCCCCCUAGGAAGGCCUCCCCACGCAAGUCCCUUCACCACCGCAAGAGGAUCGAGAUGGAGAGUGACGGAUCCACCGAGGAGACAGACUCCUCAGAGAACUGAGCCUGGACUGAGGCUGACCUCCCAAUGGCCCUUGGUCUCCCAUCAACACACUUGUACUUCCACUGACGGACUAAACUUGUCAUUAACCCUGUUACAGCUAUAGUGUCUGUGUUACAACUGUGUACUUUAGGCGAUUUUCUGUAGAACUGUUAUAUAUUUAGUACUAUGAGAACCUGUCUGAUGAUUGCGUUCCCUGUCUGAAAAGUGUGAAAGUUUUAUUUUACAAUAACGUCUCUUCAGGUUGGAGCUGUAAUUCAGUGUUCCCUACCUGGUAACACGCAUUCUUUCAUGUAGUUAUUUAUGAUGUGAUAUAUCUAUGUAAUUUAUGAUUACCAACCCUGUAUCAACUAACAUAAAGAUUGUUGCUGUGUGUCACAA